ACAGUCGCACCCCAUAAACGGUGAAACAGUCGAUCUUGUGCCAUGCUGCCGUUGGUCCUCCUAGGUUUUGGCGUUGCCUUUUCAUUGGGACAGAAUGACACGGGGCCUCUUGUUUUGGAGGGAAAGUGUCUGGUGGUUUGUGAUGUGAACCCGUCUGCAGAGGGAGCGUUCACCUCUUCCUUCGGGAUGUCUGUCCGGGCAGGCGAUGCUAAAGUGGCUUUCUCUGCGCUCAGGGGAACCAACCACGAACCUUCUGAUAUGAGCAAUAAGUCUCUGACCAUCUACUUUGAUCAGUUACUAGUAAACAUUGGCAACCAUUUUGAUCUGCAAGCAAGUGUAUUUCAAGCACCAAGAAGAGGCAUUUACAGUUUCAGCUUCCAUGUGGUGAAGGUUUACAACCGGCAGACUAUACAGGUGAACUUGAUGCACAACGAAUACCCUAUCAUAUCAGCUUUCGCCGGGGACCAGGAUGUCACUCGAGAGGCUGCGAGCAAUUCAGUUCUUCUGCACCUGGAACGGGGGGACAAACUCUACUUGAAGCUUGAGCGGGGAAAUCUAAUGGGUGGAUGGAGGUACUCAACGUUUUCUGGAUUCUUGGUUUUUCCACUCUAAGUCUCAAAUCAAGUGAUUCUUAUUUUAUUCAAGGACGUUGGCCACCCUUCUUUGGACUUUAAUUAUGAAGAAAUGUAUAACUGACUGAGAUAAAGUAGGGCUAUUUUGGUCAUUUAUGAUGAAAUUAUUCUGUCCUAUAAUGUUGGGAUUUGUAUUGCUGAAUGUGACUGAUUGUUGGUAUAAUAUGAUCUAAACUGCGAAGAGUAGCCUGUUCAAGCGGAUGUUAGUUGCACUCAUUCAGUAGCUAUCCAAGGUCCUGAAUCCGCAUACACAGAUAUACUCGGUAGCUGUCAGUGGUGCUUAAAGUGCAUCGAGCCAACAGGUGGCGAUUGAAUGUUGGCUCUGGUGUCAACGUUGUUGCAGUAGUGUAAUUAAAAUACUGUAAUAAUAAUAAAAAACAUGUCCUCCUCAUGCUGGCAAUUGGACCUGUACUGCACAUUGAGAUUAUGUACUGAACAGUUUAACCUCUAAAGACAACUGACUAGAACCUGUGUGUGUUAGACGAGAAAAGUACAUACGUAGUUUUCAUUAGAGUUGAAGUCGGAAGUUUACAUACACCUUAGCCAAAUACAUUUAAACUCCGUUUUUCACAAUUCCUGACAUUUAAUCCUAGUAGAAAUUCCCUGUAUUAGGUCAGUUAGGAUCACCACUUUAUUUUAAGAAUGUGAAAUUCCAGAA